AACCCAGUAUUCAUUAAACUAUUUAUGGUAGUAGCAAAGGUUUUCACGUAAAAUAAAAAAUGAAAAAAAAAGAUAUUGAUGAAAGAAAAACAAAUCAAAAGUUAGCUACCAACUAAUUAGUUAUUACCAACUAAAUAGUUAGUUAUUUCCAACGAACUAGUCACCAAUAAUUAGUUAGUUACAUCCUGAAAAGUAUUCCUAAUUUGAGCCAAAGUUACAAUCAUACUUACAAUCACAAGGGUUUGGUUCGCCUCGCCAGCUUCCUCCUCGACGACGAAUUCUCUCGAGUCCGCCUCUGCUCGUUCCUCUCGGAGUUCCCUUCGCUCAGAGAGAGAGAGAGAGAGAGAGGAGUGGCGAAGAAGGGGAGGAGGAGAAGGUGAUUUAGGGCAUGGCAGCGGUGGCGAUCCAUCAGUUCGCGCAGUUAAUCACCUGCCAUGCUUGGUGCCCCGAUCAAUCUAGUCUACAAGAACCUCCUUAUCGUUGUCUUCCUCGGUUUUCUAUUGAUCUUGGUUGCAUUUUAUCCAAACAAUCACGAGGUUCAUAUCUAUGAACUCUGUGGUGAAAAAUGGGAGAGGGAUUAUUCUUUUUCAUUUGGUUAAAGCUUAUCAAGAAGAAGCAUAAUUCUUCUGUUUCAAGUGUUGAAUGGCAUCCUAACAAUAUUCUUCUUGCAACAGCAUAUACUGAUGAUAAAUGUCGGGUUUUCUCCACUUUCAUCAAAGAUUUAGAUUCACGCACAAGAGCCUGCCCGUGCAUGGACCCUCCACGAAGGAAAGAAACACGCGACGACGGUGAUGGAACGCCAAGAUUCUGCACCCACUUGGAAGAGAUAGAGCAGCAUCAUGUGUCCUUUAACCUGGUGCAUGUACCUUGCAGAGCCGAGCUUUUAAGCAUACAGCGGACUUAUCACAUCUUUGAUUGUGAUGACUCACAAGUCACCAGAACUACUGCUCCUUCCAAGUGCUUGUAUGUGCCCGAAAAACCAAAGGAUCUGUAACGCCACUCUUGAUGUAUC